CUUUACCGUUUGGGCGCGGUCACUGGACUUCCCGAAGGAGACAAGACUCUCUCGACCAACUUCUUCCAAAUUAAUUCCCAUCUUCUCGGUUGCUUCGCAAAAUCAGAAAGUCUCCACUAACAAGGGUUCUUUAUUCGCACUUACUUUCCUUGCUCUUUUCUUCUGUUCUCAUUGCUCCAAUUCUAAUCCGACUCCAUCCAAGGCGACCUUGUCCGCGUCUGCACAGACUGCUCUAGCCUCUCCUAGCGUUUGACUGGCGCUUAAUUGUUGCUAUAAUUGAAUAAAAUAGUUCGGCAGCGUCUGAUAUCUUUUCUUCUCUUUUUUUAGUUUAAUUUUGCAUAAUAUCUCUUGUGUUUCCCCCUUUUUUCUUUCUUUUUCGAAACCUGUCCGCUCACACGUCACGAAUUGAAUCUGGAAAGGAUCCAAUUAUCUAUAUUAUAUUCUAUACGCCGCGAAUGAAAGUGGAUGCAUUCUUCAUUUCGGCCCCAAUCAGAGCUAUGAUCAGCCUUCGUCCACGGGAUCUUUGAGGCCGCGCUUCCGAUUAUCAAGUUCUCUUUUUCCUUUUUUAUGACGGCCUUGCACUAUUAUUGUGCAACCAGCCCCUCUACUAUCAUUGGUCCUUAAGCGUGCGCCGGGAUUCCUAAGAGAAUCCACUGAUUUUUAUGGGCGCUUGGCUACGAAAGGGGUUAAACAAGAUUAUAGAUCCUGGCGGAUAGCAAAUUCCUUAACUGUCCACAAUGGACUACCCCCAAGAAAACCAGCCCAAUCAUAAUAUCCAAGCUGGAGACAUUGGGUAUCCUGACAUUGAUGAGGCAAUACAUUACCCGUGGCAGGGCACCCAGACAACGGUGCAAACCGACCCUAUCCAUUCGGUGUUGGACCCCCGCCUGUACAAGGACUUAUUCCCAAGCAAUUCUUCACAAUUACCGAAGGAGGCACUACUUGAUGAAAACGAGGAUGUUGAGGAAGAGUUUGCUGAGAUUGACGAUGAUUCCGCUGAGGACUCCACCUAUGAAUUCUCUCCCGAAGAGGCCUCGACUGACGAAGAGCUAACCGAUGAAGAGGAUGAAGGCGAGGAUGAUGCGUAUUCUCGUCGCAGGCGGCGUCAUAGAGGCACUGGUCCUUUCUCAGGCCGCUUCGGUGCGCGUGGUGGUAAGGGAAUCAAGCGAGGCCCCCGCAAACCAUUAGAGCCUAGCCCCGAGUUCAAGAUACUGCACUCAGAGGCUACCUCAGCCUUUAUUGAUGGUGACUAUGACCGUGCCAUCGGGUUGGUAAAACAAGCAAUUCAGGUCAAUCCGGAGAUGUUUGCCGCCCAUUCUCUGUUAUCCGAGAUCUGGUUGGCACAGGGCCACAAGGAUAAAGCGUUGACGGCUCUGUUUAGUGGUGCACAUACGCGCCCGAAAGAUCCGACGGUCUGGACUAAAGUGGCACGGAUGAUCCUGGAGCGGGCUGGAGAGGAUCGCCAAAGCGCACUCAAUGAUGUUAUCUAUUGCUAUAGUCGCGUUAUUGAUAUCAACCCAAAGAACUACAAUGUGCGUUUCCAAAGAGCGGCCAUUUACCGGGAAUUAGGGCAUAAUGGUCGAGCUGCGACGGAGUACGAAAGGAUCCUAAAGGAAAUACCGCAUGAUGCGCGAGCUCUGCGACAUAUUGCGGAAGUCUACAUUGACCUAAACGAUGUUCAGAAGGCCGUUGACCAUUGGGCAGAUAGUGUCGAAUAUUAUCUAUCUCUUGACCCAGAAGAAGCUCCUGAGUUUUCUUGGUCCGAUGUGAAUAUUUAUGCCGAACUUUAUGGCUACUUGAAUCAGCAUGGGAAGGGACUUUGGGCCCUGAAGAAGCUCGCCAGGUGGCUCCUUGGCCGCAAAAACGACACCAUGUGGGAUGAUUUCAGUGAGGAUGAUCGCGAGUGGGAUGCCAACGAUUCGCCUCGACGCAUCAAAGUUGAGGGCUAUGAGCCGGGACGGUGGCCACGAGACUCCUAUGGAUUAGGACUUCCUCUAGAGCUUCGCAUUAAACUUGGACUUUUCCGUUUGAGGAUGGGGUAUGAACACAAGGAUGAAGCUUUACACCACUUCGGGUGGUUGAAUCCGGAUGACACGUCCGCAGGAGCUCGGCUUUACGAUUACGGGGAUCUCUUUCGUGAGGUUGCAGACGCACUUAAGGAAGUGGGGUUGUUUGAUGAUGCGCUCCGAUUUUACAUGCCGCUUCAGCAAACAGAAGAGUAUGCGGAUGUCAGUUUUUUCAUGGCAAUGGGCGAUUGCUGUCGACAUCUGGAUAGGCUCGAAGAUGCCGAGAAUUGCUUUCUUACUGUUGCGGAGCAUGACACGAGAAACAUAGAAUCUCGUGUACAGCUGGCAAAGCUAUACGAGGGUAUCGGGAUGAAUGAACAGGCGCUCAAGUAUGUUAACGAAGCCGUCCUACUUGGGAGGCAAGAGACUCGGAGUCAUCGACGACGAAAAGACACAAGACUUGAACAGUUGGUAAUGGAGUUCAAGUUGGCUGAAGGUGACAUUGUGGUGCCUUCCUUGAGUUCAGCUGUGCCGAAUGCUAUAGGCAAUGAGGUUACAGCGCCUGCGCUCACAAGUGCCCCUACAAAUGUACUCGAUAGAAAAGAAUCCCCAGAAUCUGAGAAUGAAAGGACAGAAAAUAUCCGAUAUCUCUAUACUAAAUUACAACAGUUGCAGCCGAAGGUCAAGACUGGCGGUCUCGAAGCCACGGAGGACUGGCUAGAUAUUGCCGACGCGCUGCUACGAGAGUUCCGGUCUAACCGAGUGUUCUACCCCCUACAACGCAAUGUGAUGUUUCUGGGCUAUUCACGAGAAGCCCAUAAAAAGGCUGGCAAAUCCAAAGAUCGAACAAUGAUGGAUGAAAUGCAGGAGAUGGCUGGCCGUCUCCAGGAGUCUCUAGGGACUGUCACCGAUGAACCUCUUCAAGGGGCUGUACCAACCGACUAUCACGGCAUAACUUUUGAUGAGUGGCUUGAUCUCUUUCUACAGUACGCCCUUAUUGCGGCAGGACAAGGUGAAUCGGAAGAGGCGUACGACUCCCUUGCUGCCGCAGCAGAUGCCAGCAUUUGGUAUCAUUCCAAACCCAGCACUCGCCUGAUCCACGUUUGCUGGUUCACAUGUGCUCUCCGGGUGCAGGACGAAGAAACUCUUGCCAAUGAGGCACGCUGGUUCAUCAAAGAGUACCAGUUCGUAACUGACACAUAUCGACUUUUUUCCAUGCUGAGUCGUCUCUGCGGCGACCCCCAUCGGUCUCUCUUCCAUUCAUCACCAAAUAUGAAAUUCAUGCUACGACAAAUCAAGGCCAUGGACUACACGCUCCCGGACGAAAUCACCGGCCUACGGCCGACCAAGCCUGUAAGAGAAUCGAUUUACCAGGAGCGCGCACGCCUGUCUACGCGUGAUGAGAAUGGAGAACCCAUUCCGGCCAAUGAAAUGGACAUUGCUCUUCUUGUGCUGUACGGUCAUAUCCUUUAUUCUGGCAAUAGCUUUCUCCCGGCUCUAAAUUACUUCUUCCGUGCAUAUGCAUUGGACGACCAGAACCCCGCUGUGCUUCUUUCGAUUGCCCUCUGUUAUAUUCACCAUUCCCUUAAGCGUCAGUCCGAAAACCGACACUUUAUGAUCAUGCAAGGGCUUGCAUUCAUGAACGAAUAUCGACGUGUUCGGGAACAGCCGGGAAGUCUUCCACAAGAGCGACAAGAAAUGGAGUUCAACUAUGCCCGAGUUUGGCACCUGCUUGGCUUAUCCAAUCUGGCGGUAGAGGGCUACCAGCGGGUGUUAGAACUGGGGAAGGAGAUACGGGCUACGAAGCCGGGAUCCCAGCCGGUGGCGCAAAGCGCGGAUAGCGAUGUGGACAUGAGAGACGCAGGACCCGAACAAGAGCCCUUUAUCGAAGACUUCUCGCCAGAGGCUGCGUUGGCACUACAGAACCUCUUUGCUCUGAGUGGAGAUUUCCAAUCGGCCAAGACCGUGACCGCGAAUUGGCUAGUUAUAUAACUUACGAGGUCCUUUCUGAGUGAGUAGCGAUCGCGUUUACUGUACUAUUAUUGUAGAAUACCAUCAUCGAGCACAUUCUCCAU